AUAUAGAGGGAGCUGUCGGUAUUAUAUAGGGGAGGUGCAGCGGUGAGGGUGUCAGGAGGGGCAGGGAGGGAAGAGACUGAAUGAAGAGCGAGAGGAGUGGAGCGCACACUCAGGUGGAUGAAGCCUCACACUCCAGGACACAGGGAUCUGCUCUCUGCUGUCUGGAGAUUUCCUCAGGAGGACAAGAGAUCAAGAUGAGUGAUCUCCGCCAUAUAAACCUCAAUACCAUGGAGACUGCACGACCGAUGGAGAAACUAUUGGAAAACCUCAACUCUGUGCUCCAAGCCUUAAACAAGACACUAAACAGUCCUCCGUGCCAACCCAAUCCAAGGUUAAAUGAGACGACCUUCAAACUGGAGAAACCCAACCGGGAUGACAACGCCUACAUCUUCAUCAUCUUCGUCAUGUUCCUCUUCGCUGUGACUGUGGGCAGUUUAAUACUGGGGUAUACCAGGUCCAAGAAAGUGGACAAACGCAGCGACCCCUACCACAUGUACAUCAAAAACAGCCGCAUUUCGGUAAUAUGAGGACAGAUGAGGACUUAUGUGUCAUGGAGCUUAUGGGUUUAGACUUUCGUGGGGCAAGUGCCCAUUCCUUGUGCCAGUACAUACAGCAGUGACUGUAGGCUAGGAGGAUUAUAUUGACAUGACAACAAGGGUACUUAAAGAGGUAUUCCGCGCCAGACAUCUUAUCCCCUAUCCAAAGGAUAGGGAAUAAGAUGUCUGAUCGCGGGGCUCCUGUCACUGGGGACCCCGCAGUCUCUGUGCUUCACUUGGUGUUCGUUUAGAGCGUUGAGGUUAGUGCCGAAGGCCCAUGAUGUCACAGCCACGCCCCUCAAUGCAAGUCUAUGGGAGGGGGCGUGAUGGCCAUCACGCCCCCUCCCAUAGACUUGCAUUGAAGGGGCGUGACAGUGACGUCACGAGCCCCCGCCCCGCAUGGCCAGUCAUCCGCUCCGUGCUCCGGAUGUCUGGGGUGCCGCAGCCGAGAUUGCGGGUGUCCCCAGGGGCAGGACCCCUACGAUCAGACAUCUUAUCCCCUAUCCUUUGGAUUGGGGAUACGAUGUCUAGGGGCGGAGGACCCCUUUAAGGGUUGGAGGUCAUGGUGUUUGGGUUACACAGUCCUACCUGAUUGUCGAUAGUGCCAUUAAUAUGAAGAACGUCAAGCAUUAAUAGACCCGGGAGCAACAUUUUGUACCUUGACACUUUGAAGAAUAUUUUGGUACUGAAAUUGAGAUACUAUGAUUGGUCCGAGGCUUCUUGUUGGCACCAAAUGCACCUUAGACGUAAUGCACUUCCUCUCAUUGACCUGGAAAGAUUUUGGGUGGGCAAGACUUAAAAACUGGACUUCAGACUUGCUCGUAAGAGUCAUACCUGCUGAGAUCUUCGAGGCGGCCAUCACUAUUAGACUAUAAUAUCUCAGGAGCCAGAGAUGACCUACCUCAAAGACGUCUUUUGUCUGGAGGAGAACAUUUCAAGACUAGAGGGACCAAGAUGAAGAGAAAUCUAUGUUUACUGACCUGAUGUCGCUGACCGUGAAUAACGCGUCUAUUCAAUGGAGACAAGUCCGAACUUGAAUCGCAUUGUAUAAGUUAUUAAGUACUGGAAGCUGAGGUCUCACCUCUUUGCUUUACUAAAGAUUAAAGUUUUAUUUGUA